AUGUUGGAAGGAGAGAACGAAGAGGAGCAAAAAAAAGCGGCCGAGCACGCGCGUCUCAAGGGAAACGAUUUCUACAAGCGACGGAAAUACCACGACGCGAUAAACAGUUACUGCGAUUCCAUAAACACACACCCGACGUCUUCCGCGCUUUCGAACCUUGCAAUCGCUUUAUCCGGCGCUGGACCAACGCAGAAUCGAUUGAACGUCAUCCGGUGUUUACUUCUCAGCGUCUCGCUGGAACCAGAGCGCGUGAAAGCGGUGGAGAAAUUGAACACGGAAUUGACUUUGAGUGGAGAUAUCGAAGCGGCGUCGCGGAUGGCGAGCGGGGAGAUGAUGAUUAGGAUGGACGGGUUUACGCCGAAAAGAGUGCGCGAGUGCUUUCAAAAGAUGGAGAAGGAAAGUGUGUUCCCGAAGAAGUGCGAGGAGAACUUGAAAGAUUUGAGCGCGAGUUUGAGACAAGUGUUUAUAGGGAAGGAAACCGGGAACGGGUGCUUUCGCGCGGGCGAUUUCGAGGACGCCAAGAACGCGUACACGGCCGGGAUAAACGCGGCGACGGCGGAGUAUUCCCAAGUUAUGGAUACUGGUAUGAGCGAGAAGAAGGCGAGGGUCGUAACCCCUGGUGUAUCCAUUUUGCUUUGCAAUCGCUCGCUGAUGAAAUCUAAACUUGGUGAUUACCAAGGCGCGUUGGACGACGCGAACGAAGCCAUUCGAGCGGUAUUGGAUGGGGACGUGAAUUACGUCAAAGCGCUUUUGCGCAAAGCAGAUGCUUUGAAGAAACAAGAAAAAUUCAGCGACGCGUUUGAGGCUUAUUUCUUAUGCUGGACUCGAUUGCCGGGCGAUGCAAACAUCGCCAACGAGCUCAACGAGUGCGUCGAGAAAUCGGAAAGACCGAACAAAAAAAGCUUCAAAGCAAUCGCCGGGCCGAGAGCAUGUUCAGAUAUGAACGAAUACAACGCUUUGAUUCAAAAUCACGAGUUAGUGCUCGUCGAUUUUCACGCGAAGUGGUGCGGUCCGUGCAAACAAAUUGCCCCGGCGUACGCGGCCAUGAAUUUAAACAAGUACCGCAGCGUUCUAUUUCUAAAGGUGGACGUCGACGAAGCGCAAGAUAUCGCGGCGCGAGAAGCAGUUCAAGCCAUGCCAACUUUUGUUCUCUACAGAUACGGUAUGAAAAUGGACGUGAUGCGAGGAGCAGACGUGAAUUCGUUAGACAGACUGGUCAGCCGUUGGACUCAAACGAUUUAG